CGAGAAUGAAGGGAGGCGGCCACCACGGAGAUGGAGCCGCCGCAGCGCGUGCCUACCGGGCUCAUCGCGAUACUGGCGCAGACAGACUGGUCUGAACCAUGGCUAUUGGGUCUUGCCGUUUUCCACAUCCUCUGCUUCCUGAUCACGUGCUUUUCAUUCCAGCGCUACCACCUGCAGAUAGGGCAUUUUCUCUGCAUGGUGGCCUUGGUGUAUUGUGCUGAAUAUAUCAAUGAACUGGCUGCUAUGAAUUGGAGGUUAUUUUCGAAAUACCAAUAUUUCGAUUCAAGAGGGAUGUUUAUUUCCCUAGUAUUUUCAGCUCCAUUGCUGUUGAAUGCUAUAAUAAUAGUGAUUACCUGGGUUUAUAAAACACUGAAUGUAAUGACUGAAUUGAAGACGCUACAGCAAAAAAGAAGAGCAGAAAAAGAAAAGAAAAAGUGAAUAUUAAUUGAUUUAUUUUUAAUAACACUUUAUGUAACCAUUCCUUCCAUCGUGUUUUUUUUGUUUGGUUUGGUUUUUUAUUGUUUUUUUUUUUUUUUGGGUACCCUCGUCAGCUACAAAUGGUCCUUGUUUACAUGUGAUAUGAAUAUGGCCAUGCAAAUAGAAAAAAGCUGAUUUUAAAAAAACCUUCAUGCUCUUUACCAUACAGUAGUUUGUUUUGUGCUGCAUCAAUGUUGUAGCCUCAGCUAGUUUAGACUUUCAUAUCUUCUGCUCAAUAAUUACUUGUCCAUAAAUUACAUAUUUAUUUCAUAGGGUGCUCAUUAAGGGUCUGAUUUGAAAUCCACCUAAAGUUAAUUGGAGCUUUGGUACAGAUUUCAGUGGGUGGUGGAUCAUACCCCAUCUUUGCUUACAGUGUUUUAUUAUGAAAUUCAAAUGUUGAUACAUUGGGGGGGAAAAAAACUGUAAAAAAGGUAUUGUGGAUCUCGUGCAUCCCACCAGGUGUAUGUUAAUAAGCAACGCUUACAGAAUCAGUUUACAAAUAAAAAGUGUUUUUUUUUUUCUAACUCCCGGUCCUGUAAAUUUCAGCUGAGACGUGAUGGUCAAGAUGGGUUCUGAAAAAUAUGUGGCAGUCAUGGUGGAUAAUCAGCCGAACAUGAGUGCCCACUGCAACACUGACCAAAAGGACUAUUGCAAUCCUGGAGAAUCUCAAGUAAGAGUAGGAAGGCUGCUUUACCUCUGUAUCUGGCACUGGUGCAACCAAUGCUGGCAUACUGUAUCCAGUUCCGGUGUCCACAGUUCAAGAAGACUAUUGAUAUAUUGGAAAGGGUUCACAGGAAAGCCACAAGAAUGAUUUAAAGGAUUAGAAAACAUGCUUUAUAAUGACUGAGCUCUUUAGGUGGGAUACCCAAAAGGGACUUAGACAUUUGCAACAUAGCAUCACAAUGCCUAACUGCUAGGCAACAGGAGCAGCGGGACCCACAAAGCUAAGAUGGUCACUUAAGCUUCCUAUAUGAUGCAUGGGAAGAGCGAGGCACCUAAGAAUGCGAUCUUCAAAGCCAGCACACUAGGCAGGGAGUCGCCUAAGCUAGCAAUGGCAAAUGCUGACCAGAGUGGUAUGUCCUAAGACCCGUCUGUCUGUCGGAGAUGGUGCCUAUCUUUCCUUAGCAAGCUGUGACUGGAAACCCCUCUGGAAUCGUGGCUUAGGAGCCUAAGGCACUUCUUGCAGAAAUGAGUUAGAGGCCUCUGUUGCUCCAUACAAAGUGGGGCGCUGCCCACUUGACAAUUUUUAGCACAGUGGAGAAAGCACUCACCUUGGAUGGGGGAGAGCCAGGUUCAAUUCCCGUCUCUGCCAGAGAGGGAAAAGAUUUGAAUAGGUAGUUUCCUACACCUCAAGAAGGUGCUAUAAUCCAUUAGCUAUGGGAUAUUGUGAUGUGGGUCUCUCUCAAUCUCAUAAGAUGUUCCACGAGGAUCCAUGAUGAUUGAUUGGAGCAGGGUGACUGGGUGCAGGAUUUUCCACUUCCUAGGUGGGUGCUCUAAUCACAGUGCUACUGUCAUAUUCUCUGUCACCCAAUGACUGUUCCACUGUGGCUAAAAACCUAGUCAUUGGGCCAAAGAUGAAUGCAGUAUGACUGAAAAGAUGAUCUGAUACAGACUUCCAAAGAACAUAUUAACAUUAAAGGCUGAAUAUUAAUCUGCAUAAGCAGAAUAAUACUAAGAUCCCAAGUUUACACACAUAUAUAAACUUAAGGGGACUACUCAAGUGAUUAAAGUUAACGCCAAUGAGACUACUCAUAUGAGUAAAGUUAAGCAUGUGCAUAAGCUUUUGAGGGAUGUGGGCCCAUGUUUGUAUCACAAGUGUAUUUAGGUUGUGGUAAACAUGUACAGUGAUUUGGCUGCAGAUAAUUUCCUUGAUCCUCUCUACAAUAAGACUGACUAUAGCUGUGUAAAAACGCUUGCCCCACCAGUGGAAAAAAUAGGAUUUUGUGAAAAGAGGUACUGGUUGUUUUUACUUAUGAAGUCAUAGUAUGGCAAUCUGCCAUUUGCAACAAAUAUUGUUUUAGUGUUGUUAGUGUUGUAAAUGGCUAUAAUUCACCCUUAAUCAAAUUAAUAAGUUUUCACAAUCUGUCCUUUUAAUGUGAGAUAAGGAAAAUGAAAAAUAGUUUUUCUAGAACUGUAUAAAAUUCUCAUGGGAUCGGCUAUUAUAAACAAAACUGCUAUGUCUGAACUUAGACAUAUAAGAGAAUUCAUAGAGCAGUUCUCUAAGUUAUAAAUAAAUGUAACGGGGGAAAAAAUAAGGACCCCUUCCUGUUUCCAAGCAUCCUGUACUCUAUUUCUCUUUUUAGAUUCUGAUCUUGCAAGCUGAUCAAUGGGGACAGUUCUCUGCACCUUUGUGGAGCUGAACCAAAAUCAGUGAAACUCGUGCACGCCCAAGAGUCCACCCACACAGAUCACCUUAUAAGGGCUGGACCCUUCAGCAUCAGGGACAUGUCUGGCUUUGUCUUGUACAGCAAGACAACAAUGUUGGAGCAGAAUAAAUAACAUACUGCAAUACUUAACAGAAUAACAUAUAUGCCAAUACGCAAUCUUUAAGUAAAAAUGACAGUUUUAGCAUUAAGGAAGUUGGACAUCACCAUAAUGCUACAAUAAUUUGCAUACUUUUAAGUGGAUAGAAGCUGGAUGUUUUCUUCGUUAAAAAUCAAUUAAUACAAAAGCACAGUGGCUUUUUUUUCCAAAGUGUGGAUGAUAUGUGCACAUUCAGAGAGAAUAGGUGCCAAAUCAAUAAAGUAGGUAUUUUUUUUUUAAAAUUGGAGUCUUCGCUUUGUUCAGCUCCAGGAAACAUUAAAAAGACACUUUAUAAUGCUAAGUAUAAUUGAAGCAGCACAUGGUUUUAAGCCUUCUCUGUUAAAAGGUCUCUUAAAGAUAAGUAGCGAUACAUUUAAGAAAAAUAAUUUAGUUGUAUAAAUUAAUGACUGCAAACUGAGCCAAAUGUGAUUUCCAAAUGAAGUAAAAUGUAAAUAACAAAAGUAUUCCUGCAUUUUUUUCCCCAUGGGAUUAUCAAGCCUUACUUAUGUUGAUUACUUUUCCUUUAGAUAACCUUUUUGUGUAACAUUAUGAAGGAAAUUUUAAGUUUUAGAGUGAGGGAAAUAACAUUUUUUAUUGUUUUUUGUAUGUAUUUCAUUUUUUUUAUCAUUUGAAAAAGUGUUUUUAACCAUAAGAGCAUCCCCUAGAGAAUUAAAUGGAAAGUGACGAUUGUGUUGGUUAUAAUAGGAAUGGAUUUAUGAAGUGAUAGAACAAUAAAUGUAACCUAAAAGCCUACGUGCUGACAAACCUAAAAUAAUUACAUCCUGAAUUCAGACAGUUUUUGCUGGCUUCAGCUUUCUAUAUGUAUAAGUAACUUGGGACUGACUUUAUUUGUGGUGGCAAGCCUGAGUCCACAUGCUUUGCCUGGAAGAUUUCGCCUUCUCAGUGAACCUGGAGCAGCAAAGACACAGCCAAGGAAUAGCUGCUCUACUAACUACUGCAGACUUUGGGCUACAAAAGGGAAUUUAGUCAUUGGAUUCAUGUAACCCGCAGAGACAAGCUACACCUCCAACAUGCCCUGAUCUCUUCUCAGUGCGAUGGGGAGAGUCACUGUGGAAUAAUGCUAAAAGGUGCAUGAGGAGUAUGAUGUCCACCUGUCAUCCUUCCUGUAGCCCAGCUUUCUGUGUAUUUGAAUCAUGGCACUUGUAGUGCAUUAGGUGCUUCUGAAAGGGGGGCAAUUAGGACUGUGCCCUAAAUUUGCUAAAGAACCCUAAAUGUAAUAGAAUUUGAAGUUAACAUCAUUCCAAAUGCAAAACUGGUUAAUGAGGUGAGGUGAAUUUCCCCACAGACACUUGAUGUGGCUCUGUCUGGAAACUUGAAAAGAGGAGAAGAAAACACAAAACGGAGGAGUCAGUUUUUAUCAGUGCCAUUCUAUAUAAGAGGACACACUCUCUGGCUUGGAACAGGUUUACUGAAAGUAAUGUUUCUUUAAGUUAAAUAAGACAAAAAGUCAAGAUUAUUUUGCCCCCUUUUUAUUUUAAAGUUGAACUAAAUCUGUUAAGAAUAAGGACAUCUACUAGUACUGACAUAGACCCCAAUACAGCGAUCACUUAGGGCUAGAUUUUGAAAGGUAUUCAGAUGCCUGAAGAUGCAGAUUGGUGCCUAAUGGGAUUUUCAAAAGUGUUUAAGCAAGUUAGGCACCUAACUCCCAUUGAUUUCAAUGGGAUUGACCAUUAAGAACAUACAUAAUUUUAAAACAUGAGUAAUUGAUGGGACUACUCACAUGCAUAAGUUAUGCAUAGAUUUAAGUGCUUUGCUGGAUCAGGGCCUCAAGUAGCAUACUCAUUUUGAUAAAUUUAUCACAUAUGCAUUUCAGAAAAUGUUCAACAUAGCUUCUGCUAGGGUACUAUAUUAACUUUACAAAAAAAAAAAAAAAAAAAAAAAAAAGCCAAGUUUUAAAGGAUUGUCAUAUAGAGGAGGAAGGGUUUGGGUUCCCUUUUUUACAUAGGUUUUAAUAGUAUAAAAGCAUUGGGGAAAAGUUUGAAGUCAAAAAUAACAUGAAUUUUGGUGAUCAAAAUUACACGGAAAUUUUGGACUCAACCUUUUCCAAUUGCUUGAGCUAUAGCAACUGUUUUUGUUGUUUGUUUGUUUUUAAUGAAAGAGGUUCUAUGUUAGGGAUUCAGAUGAUAAAGAACCAAGUUUCUAAUUUAGUGACUUUUUAUUCCUCUCUCAUUAUUUUGAACUGUUUUUAACAUAUAUAUUAGUCUUAUGCUUUUUAACAUAAUUGGGGAAAAAUACUUGCAAACACUGUAACUUUACAGUGUGUCUAAAAGCAGUUUGUUAACCAAAGUCUGUAUCUCGGCACAGAAAACGCAGAUACUGUAUGUCUAUAUUUGUAUCCAAGUUAAAUAUUUUUAAAUGGAAAACACCCCAAAAAUCUUGUAUAUGUUCAAAAAAUAAGGGUCAGUUUACAUCCAGUACAGCUGUAAUAUGAGUAGGGAAUACGAUGGUUAAUUAGGAUUUAUGGGGCCCUAUGCAGUUUUAUUAAACUGGUGCCCCUGUUCCCGAUUUGCCCUUAGCAACACAAAUGUAAGCUUACAGUAUUGAAAAACUUGCCACAUGCACUUUAUUAAAACCAGCUUAAACAAGUUAA